AGCUACAUACGUCUCGCGGCGCGGGUUCAGUGAUUCAGUGACCACUGACUGCGCUCUCGCUCCAGCGACCCCCGGCCGGCGCCUCAUUCAUAAUUCAUAACUCACAUCCUCGCAUUCCGCCAAUGUUGACCGUGGUCACGACCGCCCCCAAACUCGCCCGGUAAACAUUCCAGCCAGUGUUCAAAAUCGUCGUCUCGCACGUGUUUUCCUAUCAGUCGAUUUCCGAAUCGAACUUUCUUCCGUGAAAAAAAUUCAUCGAAACGGUGCGUUUUUCAGAGUUUUUAAGUAUCCCGCGAUGGGACGCACGUUUGAUUUUGAGGGUGUGCUCCUGGUCGAGUGAUAAACGUUCAUGGGUGUGCAUCGGUUGCCCCUCUCGCAUGGUUCUUUUUAAACCUUCGAAAUUCCUGGUUGUUGGGGAUUAUUGCUGACUCACUUUUGCGGUGUUGUACAUAGAAAUCUUGAUUAUCAGGCGAAGAUGGAGCGGCAUGGCUGAAGAAUUGUCGAAAACAGGCGAAGAUAUGCUAGCGACUGUAACAGCGUCGAUUCAUAAACCUGUACUAAGCCCCGGACAACCUCAUCUCCUUAAAUCAGAGGAGAGCGACGAAGACUCGUGUAGCAGCAGUCGAAGUAGCUCAAUCUCAGGAGCGGACUCAGUUUCAAUGGGUGUCGCUCAUACCGAUUCUCCUUGUGCCAAAAUCAAACUUCCUCCCCAGCUUCUGGGCGAGAAUAAACAUAUCAACAGCAAUUUAUUAGCUGGAAUUGCAAACAAUGUUUCAGCCACUAAUCUACAGAGUCCUCUAAUAAACACACCGCUGAAUCUUAGUAUUAACGCAAAUGGGUCGACGGGAGCGGACACGAACCAAGGGAUGACACCGCAGCUCCUUGCAACUCCGCAACCAGCCGCGAUGCCUCAGUUUAUUCUAGCUUCUGGUCAACUUGUCCAAGGCAUCCAAGGGGCUCAACUUCUCAUCCCCACAGCACAGGGAAUAGCAACUCAAACAAUUCUGACGAUACCAGUGAACCACGUUACGAGUAACCAAGUAGUCAAUUUAGCUUUAAGUAAUGGACAGGUGAUCACGACCACUCUGGCUAACCUACAAUCAAUGGCGCAGCCACAUCAUCUCAUAUCACCCCAAACUAACGGAGUCAGUCCAAGCCCGCCCUCAGCCGUGCCUCCCUCUGUUCACCCUGUAAUUAAUUUCCAUCAAUCAAGUCACAAUGGUUCAAAUACAACUCCUACGCCUCUCAGAAACCCACCACAAAAUCAUUUCAUGCAGGCGAAAUGUGAGAAAAUCUCAAACACGAUGAACAACAAUAACAAUAAUAGUAUCAACAGUAACCUAAAUAGCAACUUUCCUAGCAGUCACGCGCUGAAUAGUUCAUCGGGGACGGUGACGUCAUCAUCAUCUCCAAGUAGUAGACUUAGCAGCAAAAGUAGUGAUCUUACCAUAAGUACGGCAACAACAACAACUACUACAACUUCGAGCUCUGUUGUCUCGGCCCCAAAUCACUAUAGCAAUGUUAAUAGUCCGACGCACGAUUUGUUCGGGGAAACAAAUCAACCCACAAUAAGUCAAAGUACAGCGAACACUGUCGACGGAAUCAAUUUAGAUGAAAUCAAAGAAUUUGCGAAAGCAUUUAAAUUAAGAAGACUAUCUCUAGGUUUAACACAAACUCAGGUUGGUCAGGCGUUGAGCGUGACCGAAGGACCGGCUUACAGUCAAAGUGCAAUAUGCAGUGCCCUGGCCACUCAGAUGUAUUGCGCAGCGCAACUAGCAUCUCAACAACAGUCCAUGUUCGAGAAACUUGACAUUACUCCGAAGAGUGCGGAGAAAAUUAAACCCGUGCUUGAAAGGUGGCUCAAGGAGGCAGAGGAAAGGCAUAGAAGCGGCCAAAAUCACCUGACAGAAUUCAUAGGAAUGGAACCAAGUAAAAAACGAAAACGACGCACCUCUUUUACACCUCAAGCUCUAGAACUUUUAAAUGCUCACUUUGAACUUAACACGCACCCAUCUGGUACAGACAUAACAGCUCUUGCCCAUCAGCUGGGUUACGAACGAGAGGUCAUUCGAAUAUGGUUCUGUAACAAACGACAAGCCCUUAAAAACACAGUUCGCAUGAUGUCGAAAGGCUGUACAUAGCGGACAUCCUCUCCGCAGGGCCCCUGUUCCUGAAAAUAGUCGUGGAUGCCCUCUAUCUCAACAAUCAUACUGAGCAGUGAUAUUAUUUAAAUAAGGACAAGAAAAUGUAAAAUUUUAAUUUUUAUUGUUGAAACCAUCAGUAGUAUUAUUUUGUACCUUUUAAGACUCCGAUGUAUUGAAAGAAAAAAAAUUGAAUUGUCUUAUCUUGGUGCUUUGUAAAAACUGCAUGAACAGAAACCGUAGACGCUUUUGUGCCAAAAAAGACUAUGCAAAAUGGAAACCUAAUAUAACUAGAUCUCUGUUAUGUAAACGCAUCAAAAUUUCCUUUAUGCAAUUCCCCAUGAUGUGUUAUUUGAUCCUCGGCACAGGCUUGUAUUUUCUGUCGAUGACACGAUGAUAUUAGAAUGGAAUAAAAGAGGUAGGUACCCUCUUCAGUCAAUGAUUAAUCGGACUAUAUUUUGCAAUUAGGAACUACAAUUUUUGACUCAGUUUAGAAACAACGUGUGUACCCGUAGUUUCCCUGUGUACAUAAACUGUUUACGGAUGAGCCAAAAAUUGUAGUUCCUAAUUGCAAAAGGAAGUGUAAUUGUGUCUAAUGAUCCAUUGGCAUCUUCCGUAGUCUUCUGACGACAGAUGGACUUCAUUUUGCGAUAAGGAAUUACAAUAUCUGGCUCAUAAAUAAAUAAUAAACCAUUUAUCUAGGAUCUAUACCAUUUAACUAGAUUGGGAUAAAACCAUUUAUCUAGAUUGGGAAACUAAUGGCACAUGAGUUGCUUCUAAAAUGAACCAGAGAUUUUAGUUCCUAAUUACAAAAUGUAGUCCAGAUAUCGGAGUAAAACGCAGAGAAAAUCUCGUCAGCAUUAGAGGUACUCCUCAGACUUUUAUUUUAUUCAAGCCCUAAAAAAUACAUGGGUAGACUUUUUAUUUAUGAUUUUUAUUCUAUUAGGUAUUGUUUUACUUACGGUAAAAUUUAUAAAAUGUUUCAUGGAAAUGUUCUUGUAUCCACACGUCACAACACAGGAAGAGCUUUGUUCUCGAUUACGAGAUAAUUUAGUGCAAAAACUCUAAUUUUCCUCAAUACAUUGUUUAUAUUAUGGAAACUCAGAAAAAGGAGCGAGCUGAUUAUUGAAAUUAAUAAACAAAGAAUGCGAAGGGAAAAUAAAGCGAUCUGAUUGGUUGCCACGGGUGGUUCUAAUAGACUAAGGGAGAAAUUGAUAGACUAACUAUAGGGUCUUUCGUGGGUUCCCGUAGUUAGUUUAUCAUACUUUCCUCCUUUGUCCAUUGCAUAUCCAUUUUUCAUUUGUUCUAUCGCUUUGUCUAUCAAUUUCAAUAAUCAUCCCACAGGUGAACGAAGAACUUGAUCUGACUUAUCAGUAUCAGGACAUCCGAAUCAGCUUUAACCAAAAUAACUUUUUUUGAAACUUCAUUGCUUCUUGCUUGGCAGAUCUUACAAAAUGUUUGCUCACUACUGACAUCAUUGAAGGAGUUUCUAAGAAGUUCAUACGCUGAAAGGGCAUGCACACAGUUAAGUUUAUUUGUUCGGCAGAGUACCGAACAGAUUUCGGUUCUUUUGAUUUUUCAAGUUCCUUUUUGAAAAAUGCUACGAGAUAAAAUCGACACGUGUUUUAGUUAAAGUUUCAUUUUUUGUUUAAAAAAAGAGAUACUGGCGUUAGUUCGCUCAUCGCCUGUCUCAAUUUUUUUUAAAACCCCUUGCACAUCCUCAUAUGAGCAGCCUCAUAUGUUUCUGUUUAAAAAAUACCCUCGCCGUUUCUGAGUUUCCUGAAUUCAUUUGUCUAUUUAUUUUUCGUGCCAUUCAUAUAUUUUGUUCUUUACGUUUAUUGCAAGUCAAGUUUAUUCAAUUUCCGAGUAAAAUAUUAUGAAAAAACA